AUGUCUAAUCAAGAACUAUCUUUGAUUUUUCCUCUGUUGUUUAUCUGCUUCUUCAGGGAAAGCUUCUGCAUUUGUGAUGGAACUACCUGGACAAAGGUUGGAUGGGAGAUUUUUCCAGAAGAAGUACACUAUCUGAAAGUUAAGCCUUCUUCAUUUCAUUGUCUACCUUACCCUCUGAACAAACUAUGCUGCAACUUCGCUAACAUGGAUAUAUUUCAGGGUUGUUUACAUCUCAUUUAUAUUUUAGCACAAGCUCUCUUUUUAAUCCUGUCUGUUUUAUCUGUGCAUUACCUGUGGAUGAAAUGGAAGAAACACAAAAAAAAGCUGAAAAAACAAGCCUCUUUAGGUAAAUUUAGUAAUGAUCUAGAAAGUCCAUCCAUCUAUGACAUUGACCAAAUACUCUGCAGACUGGUGGCCACAACAUCACUCGUGGCCAAGUACCUGAAUCAGGUGUCCGACCACCCUCCCGCUAAGAAAGUUAAGCACCACAAAUUCAAGGAGAAGAGUGAAGGAGGAGACGGAGCCAAAGGACACUAA